AUGAGAUAUUCUCCUAAAACAUUGGAUAUACGUGAUUUAAAAGCACCACAAAAUCUUCAUUCUUCAGCACCAAUGGCUGAUGUGUCUUUUUUUAAUAAUAAUGCUCCACGAGCAAACGUAAGACAAAGAGGUCCACCAACAUAUAAUGCUGGAGCAAGAUUGAUGCCAACACAUGCAGGACCUGUAUAUAGAAAUAAUUCUAAUCCUAGCAUAAUACAACCCCCAAGAAUAGGAAAUAAUAAUCCUGGUCCUUCAACAAUUCCAACUACUAUUAAUCCUGUUGAAAUACAAGAAAAACAAAAAGAAAUAUUUAUUAAAUUAGUUAAAGAGAGAAUAGAAUAUAAAGAUAAUGAUGAAUUGUGGGUAGAAAUUUCUCAAUUGGGAGGAAAACCUUAUUAUUUUCAUGCUUUUACAAAACAGUCUGUUUGGAAUAAACCUGAGGGAGAUAAUAUUGUAAUAAUUGAUCAACAUGAGUUUAAAAAAAUUGGUGAAGAAGCAGGAAGAAGGUUUAGUGAAUUGACAAAGCAAGGUUCACCUACAAUAAAUGGUUAUUCUGGAGGUAAAAUUACCCAACCAAAUAAUAUAAUGUAUGGAGGAACCAGUAAUCUUCCUCCAGUUACACCAUCUAAUAAUACUCAUUUGGACCCAUGUAUAUUUUGGAAAGAAUAUUUUGAUAAGAAUACAAACAGAGCUUACUAUUAUAAUAUUAAGACAACAGAAACAACGUGGAUUAAACCUCCUGAAUUAGUUGAGAAGGAACUUGAAGAAAGGCGACGCCAAGAAGAAGAAAGAAGACUUGAACUUGAAAGAAAAAAAACUAAUAGAGCUGUAAAAACUAUUCCUGUUAAGGGUACACAAUGGACAGUUGUAUGGACAGGUAAUGGAAAAGUAUUUUUCCACAAUCCAUCUACAAGACAAUCAUUAUGGGAAAGACCACCAGAAUUAUUUCAUAGAGAUGAUGUUGAUCAAAUGAUUAAUAAUGAAUCUUUGGUGAAUAGUAAAUUAUUAAAUGGAGAAUUAUCAAAUAAUGAAAAUAGAGAUAUUAAAGAUAACCAGGAUAGUGCAAAAGAUUCAUUAACUAUUGAUCAACAAGUAACAGAGGAACCAGCAGCAAAAAAGAAGAAAAUAAGUAAUAGUAAUGGCCUUAAUAUACUUGUACCAGCAAAACUUCUUGAUGACCCAAGUGUUCAAAAAGAGAUUGAAGCUCAAAAAACCAGAGAACAACUUCCUUUUGAAGAAAGAGCAAAAAUAUUUAAAGAAAUGAUGUUAGAAAAGAAUGUCUCUGCUACUUCAAUAUGGGAAAAAGAACUUGCCAAAAUUGUAAAUGAUGAAAGAUAUUUAUUGUUAAAUAAAGAUGAAAGAAAAGCUGAAUAUGAUAAAUAUGUAAAAGAAAGAUUAGAAAUUGAGAGGGUAGAAAGAAAAAAGAAACAUAAAGAGGCCGUUGAACAGUUUGAAAGUUUGCUUGAGGAGGCAAAACUUACCCAUAAAAGUUUAUAUCCAACAUUUGCCGCAAAAUAUUCAAAAGAUGAGAGAUUUAAGAAGAUUGAAAAAACUAGAGAACGUGAAGAAAUUUUUAACAAUUGGGUUAAAAAUAUUGCAAAUCAAGAAAAAGAAGAAAAAAAGAAAUUGAAACAAGAUGCAAAGACAUCAUUUAUUGAAAUGUUAAAGGAACACAAAAGUUUGACAAAAAAUAGUAAAUGGUCAGUUUUUAAGAAGAAUGUUGAUAGUGAUAGUAGGUAUUUUAAUACAUAUCUAUCAUCUGACAUUCGUGAAGAAUUAUUUAAAGAUUAUAUCAAAACACUAAAUUCAUACAGUCAAAGUGAUGUAGAAGAGGAGGAUGCACGUUUGGAUAGAUUAAAAGAAAAAUCAUCAUCACAAAAGGCAUUAGAAGAGAGAAAAAAAGUAGUUGAGAAAGAGAAGAAUGAAGUGGCAAAAGACAUGAAGCAUUCAGCAGGAAAUUUGGCUCGUGAUAAUGCUAAACGUUUAUGGAAAACAAUUUUAGUUGAAAAAAUAAAAAAAUAUGAUAUCAGUUGGCAUGAUGCAAAGAAAAUAUUACGAGAUGAUGAAAGGUAUGAAGAAUGUGACUACCUAAGUCGAAGUGAAAAAGAAAAAUAUUUUGAUUCACAUAUUAAGGAUCUUCUUUCUAAAAGACAAAAAGAAAUAUUUUUAUUAUUUGAACAGGAUAAAAGAUUUACUUAUUCUUCAAGUUGGAGUGAUGUAAAAAAGGCAUUAUUAUCAGAUGAAAUGUAUUCUAAUUUUUAUUCAAGUGAACGGAAACUUGAAAAAUACUUUCGUGAAUGGAAGGAUGAAACAACAAUUAAAUUAUUAAAUGACUUUAAAGAACUUUUAAGAGAAACUAAAAUUAUAACUUAUCGUUCCAAAAGAUUGGCAGAAGAAAAUGAACAACAUUUACUUGAUAUUUUAUCAAUUUUGGAAAAAGACAACAGAUAUUUAAUUCUUAAUGAUAUUCCAAUGAAGCGUGAAAAAAUUUUUAUGGAAUAUAUUGAGAAGCUUGAUAAACACGGUCCACCCCCACCACCUACUUCUAGUGAAAAUGAAUCAAUAAAAAAGAAAGAUUUCAGUAAUUGUUAG